GACAUAUAUCGAGCGCUAGCAGAGCGACGUUGGAAUAAGAGGGAAGAAACAUUGCAUUCGUACAUAUUGGCGAUGCAAUCCAUCGCGAAGCAAGGAGGCAUUGAAGACAUAGAAGUAUUAAAUUUCAUUUUCGAUGGCAUAAGCGGCAGUGUUGCCAACAUAAAUUUGCUGAUGACUGCGCAAACCUUAAGCGAACUCAAGAGGCUCAUCAAUCGUUAUUACGAUCGCUACUUGAAAUUGGAUUCAACCAUUACCCCUCGCCGUUCGGCAGUUAGUACAGUAAAGCCUAAAAUGUCGAAUACUGCCGUGAAACAAGCUGCCACUUCCGACAAGGAGACGCAUGAAACUCCUUUGUGCUACAAUUGCUCCAAAAGAGGACACAUAAAACCGAACUGCCCUUACCCUGUACGCCCCGAGGGAUCAUGCUUUCGCUGUUGGCAAGUAGGCCAUAGUCACCAGUCGUGCCCAAACCCCCGGAAGAUUUUGAAACCCAUGGGAGAGCGAGCUGUUGCUGCCGUACACGAUUGGAAGAGCUGCUGUGAUGAAGUAGAAUCAUUAAGUCUGUCCAAUUAAUUUGAUAAAGCGGUCGUACGUGCCGGAAGCAAAAAUAAAUCAUUACCCACUGAAAGGCAGAUACCGGGGUAUUGGAGGGCGUGAUUUAAAUAUUAUCGGUGAAGUUAUUUGCACCAUUGAAUUUAAAAAUGUUAUUAAUGAAAUUAAAGUCUAUGUUCCGCCGGAUGAAGAAAUGACCGUGCCAAUUAUCCUCGGUCGUGAUUUUCUUAAAGUUUUUGAUAUUCAUUUAAUAAAACGUAAAUUGAAAUA